AUGGGAAGAAUUGGCAACUCUAAUAAAUUUAAACCGAUUAAAGAUUUUCCAGAUCAGGCAGAACAUGUUGAAGGAGUUUUAGUGAUUAAAAUAUCCGAACCUUUAUAUUUUGCUAAUACUGGACAACUUAAAGAUCGUCUUAGACGUCUAGAAGAAUUCGGAGACAUGAGUGUUCAUCCAUCAGAAGAUGCAAGAAUGUCACCUGUUAGAAAUGUGAUAUUUGAUAUUGAAACGAUGGAAGGGAUUGAUGCCAGUGCUGUACAAAUUCUUUUUGAAAUAGUGGAGGCAUAUCAUCUUCGUGAUGUAAAUGUUUAUUUUGUGAAAUUACGUUCUAAUCAAAAGAAAAUGUUUGAAGGUGCAGGAAUCAUAGAGAAAGUUGGCAAAGAACAUUUCUUCAACCGAAUUCCUGAUGCAUUGGAAUACAUUAAUAAUGGUGCCAAUGAUUUUAGUGUCAGAUAUGAAUAG